AUGGCCCCUUCGGCAGUCAGCGAAACACAGGCAACGGCCACACCGCUCGUGGCCAAGCCGGUCGGGGGGUCGUCCAAAGCGGGCAGGGCCAAGGAGGACGAGACGCCGCUGCAGGCCAUCUCGCAGGGCGAGGUGAUGCCGGGAAUCCCGACAUUCCCGACGUUUGUCGAGCAGCGAAGGCACACGCUGAUCCACAUGGCUGCGACCUUUCGUGCGUGGGCGAGGCAGGGCUUCGUCGAGGGCCAGUCGGGCCACAUCUCGGUUCGGGACCCCGAGUUCCCGGGCCUCAUGUGGAUGAACCCCCUCGGCCGACACUACGGCAUGCUGCGGGCCGGCGACAUGCUCGCGCUGGAUAUCGCCUCGGGUCGCAUCGUGGCCGGUAGGCCGAACCCGACAACGGGUAAGGUCACGGGCAACGCGGCGGGGUAUUACAUUCACGCCGCAGUUCAUAGGGUGAGGCCUGAUAUUCAUGCGGCCUGCCACGCCCAUACCAUGGCCGGGCGGGCGUGGUCCGUGUUUGGCAGGCCGCUGGACAUGCUCACGCAGGACGUGUGCAGCUUCUACAAUGCCCACAGCGUCUACACCAGCUACGGAGGCAUCGUGUUUGCCGAGGACGAGGCCAACAACAUUGCCGCGGCGCUUGGCACCACCAACAAGGGACUCAUCAUGAUCAACCAUGGCCUUCUCACGGUGGGUACGACAGUCGACGAGGCCGGAUGGAUGUUUGGGCUGCUUGAACGGUCUUGCGCCAUCCAGCUCAAGGUGGAGGCUACGGGCCUGCCCAAGAACAUCAUCACCGACGAGGAGGCGGCGCACGCAUUCAAGAUGGCGAGCGAGGAGAACGCUCUAUACCGCGAAGCACAGCCAGACAUUGAGUUGGAGAUUGAGGCUGCCGGUGGUGAGGAGGCGCUCGCCAGAGGGUUCGAGCAGCUGGUUGUGGACCCGAAACUCACAAUCGCAUGA